AUGACAUCCAAUUCCUUGAUCCUCUUCACACCACGACUCAUCCUCAUCCCCACCACCCUCGCAAUCACCAGCCCAGCACACCUCUCGCUCUACGCAAGUCUCUACGUAGACCCUGCAUUCUGCCUCAUGGGCUCCGGACCGUCGCUCCCAGCAGAAUCCUCGACACGCGAGGAAACGCGGCAGAAGAUUCUAACACGGGACAUUGCGCGGUCGUGGGAAACACGGGAUCUGGGGGAUUUUGCAGUCUGCAUGCGGUCAGGCGUAGAAGUCAAUGUGUCAAGUGCACGGGAACUAGCUGGGGCACCGGCGGGAAUACGUGUGGUGGAGGGAGUCAGUGAAGCUGGUUUCACGAGGGGAUUCACAGAUGCAGAGUGGGUGGGUUACGCAGGCGUGCGAGAAGCAUCCACGACAUGUAUGCCUGCGCGCACCGCGAGCAAUCCUGUGCUGCCGGCCUGGCAGGAAAUGGUCGAGCUGCAGUAUGGAGUUGCGCCGCUGUUCUGGGGCAAGAGCUUGGCGCGCGAGGCCGCAGAGGCGAUUAUGCAGUGGGCGGGCAGGGAGAGAGGUGUAACGAGGUUUAUUGCGGAGACGGAGAGGGCGAAUGAGAAGAGUACAAGGGUGCUGGAGAAAAGCGGGGUUGGGAAGAGAGCGGGGAUAGAGUAUUGCAAGGAGGAGGGGGAAGUGGAGUGGGAGAGGGAGUUUGUUUCAGAAUGUUGGUGUGGAGAUGCUGUUUUGUGA